UGGGGGGGAAUGUUGGUCCCUGUGCAUUGCAGUGGACCCAUGCAGAGCCUGAAGUUUAACACGGGACAGCCCCCAUCCGCAUACCUCGACGCUAGAAAAGCCCCCGUGGAAAGACACGACGCGCUCACUGAUACGCUGCUGGGCCGGUUAGUGGGACUGUACUGGAAACGUUAACCAUCCACGACUGCAAAACACCAGCAGCCCUCACCCCUGACACACACACACACACACACUUCUUGAGCUCUCAUUGACGAUGACUGCAAAAAACCGACACAAGAACAGCUCGAGCGAGAAGAGCGUCGCCGCCGUCGCCGCGGCCGCCGCAUCCAGCGCGGAGGAUGCGCCGAGGAAGAGCCCAAAGAGCACCGGCAACGGGGUGAGCGGGCCCGGGGCUCAGGGGUCACGAUCGGGGAGCUGCCUCGGCCUGGGCCUGUUCGUGACCGUGCUGUUUUACGUCGCCUUGUUGGGCGCCGCCGGCCUCGCUGCGUUUUACUUGCAGCGAGCCGCGGAGGAAAUGCGGGAGAGCGGCGCCAGGCACGAGGCGGCGGCGCGUCAAAGCGCGGAGCUGAGCGGAAAAAUGGAGCGCGUCGUCCAACAGGUGGAGUCCCUGGGGAGCGUCGUGGACGGCCUGGAGUCAUCGCUGGGCGUCACGCGGGUGGAGCUGGAGGGGGCGGUCAGCCGGCUGAAGAGGGGCGAGGUGGAGACGAGGAGGGUGGAGGAGGCCCUCCAGCGGCUCCAGAACAACCUGCUGAAGGACCUGUCAGACGGCAUCGAGGAGGUGAAGGAGGCCCGGGAGCGGGACUUCUCCUUGCUGGAGAGCACCGUGGAGGAGCGCCUGGCCGAGGUGAGCCGCUCCGUCGCCGCCAACGUGGCGGAGUUCGCGGAAGCUCAGGGCGAAGCGCGGCGACAGCUGGCCGACCUCGAGGCCCGCCUGGCGGACGUGGCCGACCCCGCGCUCGUCAAACGGGAGCUCUCGGCCAUGGCGGACGUCGUGGCCGAGAUCAAAAUGGCCAACGACGCUUCGGAGGGCUCGGCCGAGUCGAUCCUGGGGCAGAUCGGCGCCGUGAGGUCGGAGCUCCAGACUCGUAACCAGGAAGUGGCCUCGCUGUCCCAGGAGGUCGAAUCGGUGCGGGCGGUGGUGCAGGACACCGUGGGGAACCUGAGGCAGUCGCUGUCCGCGACGCAGAUGGACGUCAAGGACCUGCAGGACAAGAGCGAGGCGCUGGAGGGCGCCGUGCAGGCGGCGGCGGAGGCGGCCCAGGCCCAGAGGAGAUCGGAGGACCUGGAGGCCAGGGUCAAAACGUCGGAGGAGAACGGCGAGUCCCUGUCGGCGUCCGUGUCAGACAUCUCCACCAAAGUGGAGUCCCUGUUCGCCCAGUACGACACCCACGAGAGCGCCCUGGCGGCGCAGGGGCGGGCCGCCGAGAAGGCCCAAUCCGGCGUGGGCCAGGACGUGGAGGCACUGAAAAGCAUUUUGGGGGAGCUCCAAUCCAACAUGGCCGCCCUGGGCAGCGCCCAGACCGAGCUGUCCUCGAAGGACUCCAGCCUGGGUCAGCAGGUGGCGGCCUUGGAGGAGAAGCUCGGCGCCUUGGAGGAACGCGGCGGCGGCGUGAAGCCGGAAGAGCUGCAGAGCUUGAGCAGCACGGUGGCGAGUUUGGAAGCCAAGGCGGCCAAGCUAGAGGGCCACGAGAAGUCCAUUUCUGCUCUUCAGAAGUCCCUGCAGGAGACCACGAAGACCCUGGAGGGCUUGUCCGAAGGAAAGAAGGGAAAGUAGUCGGGACAAUGUGACAUCGCGAUACCAAAACACGACAACGAUGAUUGACCAUGAUGCACGUUGUUUUUUUCUGUUUUCAUGAAGAAUUGUUCAAGACAAACUUGACUGUCGAUGUUGUGGAUUUGUCGUAGGAAAGGAGGCACGUAGGGAGUCAGAGCUGUAAACCGCUGCUGAUCUGUGAAUUCAAACACAUUCAUUCUGCACUGUAGUUCCUUUUUUUUCUAAUGUUUUGUUUUCGUUGAAUUUUCCAUGCCACCGCUGUUUUUUUUUAUUUUUUUGGAACAAACCAAAUGCAACGAAAAGCUUUUAAAAAUGUUUUUUA